CUAGUUUUACACUUCACAGUGUAGCAUAACAUGACAAACAUCAGUGAAAUAAGUUAUUAAUUAAUUGAUUCGGUAAUUUUGAAAAAUUUAAACCAAUGGGAAGCUAUGAAAAUGAUGAAGUUAUAGCCAACUUCAUAUUGAUGCUCAUCAGUGAUUCAUCAUUGCCAUUGUUCACAUUUCUAGUAUGUGUAAUCGAUAAUCAAAAUCGUGGAAUUCGGUUUAAUUUUUUGCAGUCAGUUGAUCAGUAAGUGAGUAAUUAAGUGAAGUUCUAUUUUAAUAGUCAGUGAAAUUUUUUUUUUUAAUAAAAAGUGAAGUUUUAUUUUAGUCUUAAGUGAAGUUUUAUUUUGGUCUUGAGUGAAGUUUUAUUUUAAUCGUGAGUGGUUUUAUUUUAGAUGUGUUUUAUUUAAAUAGUGAAAAUGAAAAUGUUAAAAUGAACAAGUAUUUGAUGCUCUUUUGUCUUUGAUUCAUUGACAAAAUCAAUGAUUUUCUGUUAUCAUCGAAGACAUGACAAAAUAAUCAACGAAUGAUAAUGGGCAAGUGGUACGUAGUGGAAAUUUUGGAACACAAGCCGAUACCAGAGCAGGAAAUUGGCUCGAAGCUCGUGAUCGAUAGAUGUCCGAUAAUCAGGCUUCGAUUCGACGAGAGAGGUCUUAUCAGGCUGCUGUGGAGCGAGGAAAAAGGCCAGCUCGAGUACACCUUUAGUCUUCCGAAUUCAAAAAUAAGCGGAGUUUGGAAUUCAGCUGCUAAACAAAAUGGAUCACUGAUCGGGAAAACUUACACUCAGUUCGAGGGGUCAGUCCUCGUGAUGAAAGCCGUUGCGCAGCAUGUACUCUUGACAUUUUGUUCGGAAAACAUUGACUACCAGUUAUACUCGAUUUUAAUGGGUCGUCAGCACAUUCUCGAGAAGAGCAGCAUCACAGGCAUCCACAACCUGUUGAAAAGACGUACGCUACCUAUUUCAAGUACCAGAUCAACCUGCGCAAAAGGUCGAGGAUCAGCCGUCUCUCCUGCCAAUGCAUUCAAAACCACUCUGAUUUUAUACAUUCUGUUUACCAUUAGCUUUUUUAUAUCAAACCCCGAACGCCAUUGAAUCCACGGUAUUGAAGAUUAGAUAAAAUUUAAACUUAUGCGUACAUAUAAAAUCGACUAGUCCGUAAGAUAAUUAUUCUUACAAUAAUUAUUUUAAAAAAUAAAUAACAAGCGGUCAAAGGCCUUUUUGGAAAAGGCACUGGACUCUGGAUCUCACAGGUUUGAAUCCACCUUAAACACAGCUAUGUGUAAUAAAUUUAUUAAUAUAUUAAUUUAUGUUAUAUUAUAAAUAUAUAUAUAUUAAAUUUAAUUAAU